AUGAUGUUAUCGGGACGGGAGAAGGGGAUGAAGACACGGGAGAUGCGCUUUGAAAGUGUUACGUGACACUCCCAGCAUGUUCCUUGUCUCCCAUGGGCCUUCCUCUUUUUUGGAGUGAUUGGUUCCAGCCCAGUCCCAAGAGGUUCUCCCCUUUUUGGGGAGAUCAGAUCCCCCAGUUAUCCCAAGCCGUAUCCCAACGAUAACUCCAGCAGCUGGGAUAUCCAGGUCCCAAAAGGCUAUGUGGUGAAGCUGACCUUCAAAUACUUUGACCUGGAGCCAUCUGAGGCCUGCUUCUAUGACUAUGUUAAGAUCAAAGCAGACAAGAAGGACUUGGGCCGAUACUGUGGCCGGCUUGGGUCUACCAUAGGCAAUCACCCAGGAAGAAAGGAGUUUGUAUCUAAGGGAAACAAGAUGCACCUGGAAUUUCACUCUGAUUUCUCCAAUGAAGACAAUGGCACAGUGAUUCCCUACAGGGGCUUCCUGGCAUAUUACAGAGCUGUGGAUCUGGAUGAAUGUGAGCCUAACAAUGCUGCAAAGAACGAUGAAAGGCCUCAGUGCCAGCACUUCUGUCACAACUAUGUGGGUGGCUACUUUUGUUCUUGCCGGAUUGGCUACCAGCUUCAGAGUGACCACCACUCCUGCAAAGUGGAGUGCAGCAGUGAGUUGUUCACAGAGGCAUCUGGGUACCUGAGCAGCCCCGAGUACCCGCAGCCCUAUCCCGAGUACCUCCGGUGUAACUACAGCAUCCGUCUGCAGAAAGGCCUGUCUAUCUCCCUCACGUUCUUGGAACUCUUUGAGAUUGAUGAUCACCAGCAAGUCCACUGUCCUUAUGACCAGCUCAAGAUCCAAGCACGAGGGAGAGAGAUUGGUGAAUUCUGUGGCAGGGAAUCACCUGGAAUCAUUGAAACCAACAGCAACGAGGUGGAUAUACUCUUCUUCACUGAUGAGUCAGGGUUCAGCCGUGGCUGGAAGAUCCACUACACCUCUGAGAAAAUACGGUGCCCACAGCCCAUCCCACGGGAUCAGUUUACCAUCAUCAGAGAUCUGCAGCCUGUGUAUCGAUUUCAGGACUAUUUUGUUGUCAGCUGCAAGACUGGGUAUAACCUGAUGGAGGGUGACCGAAAGCUGAUGUCCUUCACAGCUGUCUGCCAGGCUGAUGGCACAUGGCAUCAACCCAUGCCCCGCUGUGAAAUUGUGAAUUGUGGAAGCCCUAAAAACCUGACCAAUGGUGUAUUCAGCUACGUUAACCAAUCUGCAAACAAUGAGUACCAGUCAGUGAUCUCAUACCGGUGCAAUGAGCCCUAUUAUCACAUGGUCACCGGAGCGGGUGGUGACAGAUUCACCUGUUCUCCUGAGGGAACCUGGCUAGAUCAAGAUGGCCAGAAGAGAAUUCCAUCCUGCUUGCCAGUGUGUGGGAAGCCAGUCCAUCCCGUUAUUGAAUUCCAGCGGAUCUUGGGUGGCAAAUCAGCAGGAAGAGGCAAUUUUCCUUGGCAGGCUCUGACUGGCAUCAAUGGACGAGGGGGUGGUGCACUCCUGGGCGAUCGCUGGAUCCUGACCGCUGCCCACACCAUCUUCCCCAAAGGAGGAGUACGGAACAACGUGAGCCUGGAGCAGCUGGCAGAGGAGGCUGACAUUUUCCUUGGGCACACCAAUGUAGAGGAUCUCCACAAGAUGGGUAACCACCCUGUACGUAGGAUCUUUAUCCAUCCAGAUUUCAACCCUAAAGAUGAGCACAACUUCAACGGGGACAUAGCCCUGCUGGAGCUGAAAAACCCAGUAACUCUGGGCCCCACACUGCUGCCCAUCUGUCUCCCAGAUCCUACUAACACCUCAUUCUACACGCAUGGGCACAUGGGCUACGUGAGCGGCUUUGGUGUGGAUAAAAACCGCAUCUCAAGCAAUUUGAAGUACGUGAGCCUACCAGCAGUUGCUCGAGAGAAGUGUCAGAGUUGGCUAGACAGUAAUAAGAAAGGUAUCCCUAUGGUUUUCUCUGAGAACAUGUUCUGUGCUGGCUUCCUCGAAGGCAAGCAGGAUACCUGCCAGGGGGAUAGUGGGAGCGUCUUCACGGUGUUAGACAGGGAAAGUGGUCACUGGGUGGCUACCGGCAUCGUUUCUUGGGGAAUCGGCUGUGCCACAGGCUAUGGCUUCUACACCAAGAUCCUCAGCUAUGUGGACUGGAUCAAUGGGAUAUUAAAGGAGGACAGGCCCUAG